UUUAUGCAGCCUAAUUAGGUAGUACAGCUGGAAGACACCGAGUCCCGUCCUUCACUUUAUUAACAGCAAAAAGCUUCGAACUGUCGACAGACUGGCGCUAAAUCUUUCCGAAAAACCACCACUUAGACGUAAGGACGUCAAACUUUAUUAGUUCAGAGUUAAAGUAAUGAAAGAUAAACACGUCCUCCCUUCAUGCUUACUUUCCACAAAAAGAAAGCUAUGGAAAUUUGCAACGGGAAGAAAAGGAGAAAGGUAAGCGGUGGUGUGCGGGUGUGCAGGCGGAGCGUGGCCGGGAAGAUGAAGCGCGAGGUAGGCAAAGUUCUCCGCUCCCUCACGGUGGAAGACAACAACCAUAAGGAACCCAUGGAGGAGGAAGAGGACGACCACUGCUUCUCCAUCGGCUACCUUCGAAAUGACCGACUGGAGCCGUCCUUGGUCGUGUCUCCCCGGUACAACCUGCUGCGGGAGGUCGGUCGGGGAAGCUACGGGGUUGUCUACGAGGCCAUAGCCCGCAAGACAGGGGCCAGGGUCGCGGUUAAGAGGCUCCAGUGCGACGCCCCGGAAAACGUAGAGUUGGCUCUGGCCGAGUUCUGGGCCCUGACGAGUCUGGAGAACCGACACCAGAAUGUUGUCCAGCUGGAGGAAUGUGUCCUACAGAGAAAGGGCCUGGCCCAGAAGAUGAGCCAUGGAAACAAGAAGUCCAGACAGUACCUGCGGCUAGUGGAGACCUCCCUCAAAGGCGAGCGCAUCCUGGGUUACCCAGAGGAGCCAUGCUACCUCUGGUUUGUCAUGGAGUUUUGUGAGGGUGGAGACCUCAACCAGUAUAUCUUGUCUCGUCGACCCGACCCCCAGACCAACAGGAGCUUUAUGCGCCAGUUGACGAGUGCUGUAGCUUUCUUGCACAAGAACAAUAUUGUCCACCGUGACCUAAAACCAGACAACAUUCUCAUCUCACAGAAAUCUGGUUCACCUGUUCUUAAAGUGGCUGACUUUGGCCUCAGUAAAGUUUGUGCCGGUCUAAACACCAAGAACUGUGAAGAUCACCCUAUAGCAGGAGAGGAUGGCAAAGGCAGCAACCAGAACAACAUUGUCAACAUAAACAAAUUCUGGUUGUCGUCAGCUUGUGGUUCAGACUUCUACAUGGCUCCUGAGGUGUGGGAGGGCCACUACACAGCUAAGGCUGAUAUCUUUGCUCUGGGCAUCAUCAUCUGGGCCAUGAUCGAACGAAUCACAUUCAUUGAUGCAGAGUCCAAACGUGAACUGCUGGGCACCUACAUUAGACAGGGCACAGAGAUUGUACCUGUAGGGGAGGCUCUGCUGGAGAACCCCAAGAUGGUGCUACACAUCCCUCAAAGGGCGAGAAGCUCUAUGUCGGAGGGGGUGAAGAAACUCCUCCAUGAUAUGCUUGCAGUCAAUCCUCAGGACCGACCAGACGCCUUCCAGCUGGAGGUGCGAAUGGACCAAGUCACAUGCGCUGCAUGACAUCCCCCACCUUCUCCACAUCUCUCCUUUCUAACCCUAACCAGUCCAAGAAGGGACCUCUUUCCUUCCCAGCUUGGCUAUUACAUGGAUGUGGACUCCAGUGGAUAAAGGGACUCCGUCUUACUGAACUGUGAAGAAUCCAAAAUCACAAGGAGCAGCAAAUGACAUAAAGUCUGAUGAUUCCAAAACUCUGGGACAAAGAACUGUUUGCAAACCACACCAAAACUGUACUUCCAGCACCAUCCAGUUACAAUCACUUUGACUGUACAGCAGAGGAUGUGUAACUGGUUGUUAGUGCCAGUGUCUCUGAAAGCUCAAUGGAUGUGAACCAGGUUAAUGACAUUAGUUGAUAUCUGUUUGUCGAUUUAAGCCCCAGUAUAGGCCUGCUCUUCCUCAGCAUUUGUAAUGUAGUCAACUGUGGCACAGACUGCUGUACUGUGCUGUACCAGUGUUUUACGGUGAAAGCAUCAUUGUACUGAUGAUAAUAAUUAUGAACAACAGGUGACACUACACUGCCCUGUCUACUAACCUUGUGCCUUAAAAAUGAUUGACACCAAGUGCGAUUGGGUUCUUAAAUAAAAUGAUUUGAAGGUUACAGUGGAAGCUCAUGCACCAAGACAGAAAUGUCAUGAGUCAACAACCACGUUGUCUAAUGCAGGUUUCUGUCUGCAAAAUGUGUAGCCAGUCAGUGAAAUAUUUUCCUUUUAAUGAUGUCACACUUUCUAAAUAAUAUCCCAGUCUGCAGUAAUGUCGUUAAAUUGUGGUUGUUUGAUGUCCCCCCUCAACCUAAACACUGAAGUGCAAUCAUGACACUGAAGCUGAAAUAUAAAAGAAUUGAACUAAAAUUGAGACACCAGUGGUAUGUAUACCCUCUUGUAAACCAUGCUUACCCUGACAUUUCACAAAUCUGUGGCACACUCCAAGGCAGAGGGAAUAUGCUCUUCUGAAGGUGUACUAGACAUGUAUAAGCAGGUCAACUCCAGAAAAUACUGUGCAGGUGCAACCAAACAAUGUAUAGCAGGGAAUUCAAAGUGAUCUUAUUGGGCAUUAGUUCUUGUUGAAUCCAAAGAGGCCCUGUAGGACUAAAUUACAUUUCUGUGCUUAUCAUCACCACAUUACCAUAUUUGCUAAAUUUAUGAACAGUUGAUUAUUUGGUGGACGAACAGCUGUUUUAGUACCUGUGUAUAUAUACUUUUUACAUUGAGGAUGAGUGUGGCAUCCUCACCAACUAAAAUAAUUAGCUGAGUACAUUCAAAGAUACCAAGUAAGUGAGUAACUUGCUGUCAUCUUGUGAAGUGAUGUUAAGCAUUGUUCUAUAUGCAUGCUGUAGGCAUGUGGCUGGUGUGGAAUAUAUAAUGUGUAAAGGGUAAUUGAAAAGAACAGCCUAAGCAGUAUUGUGCAAUCUGACAGAAAUUUUCUUGAGUAACGGAUUGGAGAAAUGUAACAGGAAAAUCUAAGAUUUUACUAUUUGGGAACAAUCCGCAAAAGCAGCCAUCUGAAACCAACUCAAUUCAUCGUCUCUUCUGUCUUCUCCUUAUGCAAAUGCUUUAAACACUUUCGAGUGGCAUGUAAUAUGUUGGAGCCGUUCAGGCUGUGCUCAGUUGGUUGUAACCUAUUAUCUGUGUUGGGAAAUUAUUGCUAGUUUGUGCUCUGAUUAAUGAAAAUGUAUCACUACAACUGCAAAGUGGAGUAAACAUGUACACCGAUCAGGCGUAACAUUUUGACCAUCUGCCAGAUACUGUGUUGGUCCCCUUUAUGCUGCUGCAACUCCUCUGACCCUGUGGGGCACACAGUACCUCUGGGGAUGUGCUGUAACACCGGGAUGGUGGCAGUGAAUUCUGUGGAUCCUGUGGGUUGCAGGGUGGGACCUAUCUACAUCAGGCUUGUCCUGGCACAUCCUAUGGAUGCUCAGUAAGAUUUGGAUCUGGGGAGGGUGGGACCUGAGUGAGUGGGGUGCAUUGUCCUACUGAGGGUGGCAACUGGCAUCAAGGACUGCUGUUGCUUGGUGGGUGGUACAUGUCAAACAUCCACAUGAAUGUCCAGGCUCAAGGUUUCCCAGCAGAACGUUGCAUUCUAACAAGAUGAUUGAUGGUAUUCACUUCAUCUGUCAGUGGUCAUAAUGUUGUGGCUGAUCGGUGUAUGCUACUAUAGAGUCAUGAAAACUUCCAGAUAAAUGGAAAAUAACAGAAAGUUAAAUUCAAAGUAACUUCAACACAGACCAGAGGUUUCAUUUUGGUUUCAUAGUGUAUUGUUUGGCUUCAGUUCAGCGACUCAGCAGUUUCAGUAGAUUUUGAGGAAUUUAUAGUGUGGUCCUACCUCAUUCUCAGCACUCUGAAAGAUCCUAUCCAGUUUGACUCCUCUUUGACAAUCUUGUCUUAGUUUCUAAUACAGGGAGUACUUUCCUUAAGAAUGUUAGAUUUUUACCUCAGACUUUGUCUCUUUUAAUUUAAACCAACCUCUAACAGACUUUUCUGUGUGGUGUUUUGCUUAGCAAGAAACGCCUAGCUUAUCCCUUUGAACAGCUGUAUAACAGAGCAAGUCCAGCCCCAUAUCCACACAACAAUAUGUUAUAUGUAUUCAACAACUACAAUUAGGUUAAGAUCGUAUCUGUAUCUAUUCAUGCAGAUCUCAGUGUAUUUCAAACUAGCUCAUAUAAUUAAUUACAUACAAGGGGGACAAUUUUUGCAAGUAAAAAAGAAGUUACAUAUGAUUGUAACAAAUAACUACAUAAGUUUUGACUUACCAAGGCAAAAUUAUGAGAUAAAAAGUCAACAAACUUAUGCCUUACCCCUGGUCAGUCACUGUACGAAGUUGGCCUGAUUGAUGGAUAGUUUCUGGAAAAUUACAAAAACUGUUUGUAGCACACUGAGUUCUCAUCGAUAGAUUUCACGUGUUGUAAAAGAUCUUUUUUUAUGUUAUGAGACAUGCUGACAUGUACUUCUUUUGAAGAAAUCUCAAGAGUUGGUUAGACUAAACACACAAACAAACAAAACAAGUGCAUCCAAAGCUAACAAAAUUGCACAUGUGGAAGCAGAGAACUGGAUUUGUGUGUGAUUUUAAGUGACUUUUUCUUUUGAGUGUUUUAGUUUAAUCAAAAAUGAACACACCUCAAUGCUUGUGGGCACUGUAGUUGUUGAAUACUAACAACACUAUUGCUUUUGUUAAAACAUGAAGGUGUUUUUGUAUGUGUUCAACACAUACAAAGUCCUCUUACUUUUGGGAUGUUGAACCUCUUACCUUCUGUAUGCUUGUUUUACCAGUAAACCUAACAUGGCUAUGACACAUGGUUAAUGCAUAAGCUACAAAACCAUUGUUACUAAAAUGUAUUACCAACAUGCCCUGCUGUCACUUUUUGUAUGAGCCAGUUUGUUUAUCUCUCUUCAGACUAGUAAUGACUCCACUUGAAAACACUUCACACUAUGCAAACUAUUUUACUGUUUCACUGUAAACACCGCAAAAAGCCACACCAUUCUCAAAAUAUUGUAUGUUAUGUCUUCUUUUACUGCAUUUUUGCAAUUUGUACAAAAUGUCUUUGAAUAAAAUAAGUUUUUGUUGAUGAAGCAAAAAGGAGCCAUUAGAUGUUUGAGAAUACAUCGUUUUUUUUGCUUUAAAUAUGUGUGAUGUUUCUUGGAAUAAAUGAUAAAAACUA